AUGCCGGAUCCCGAUGCUGGCGCUGGCCCCUCCCGGCAGCCUUUGGCGCCGUUCCCUGCCGCAAGGCCGCUCGGAAUGAGGCGCUCUGGGACCGAGCCAUCUCGUCCGAAGCGUAACAAACCAGCACUGUCCCUUGUUGAAUGGUCAACGAACGCCAAGGUCCACCAGCCAGAGUCCAUCGACCCAUUCGACAUGCCCUCGACUGGCCCUCAGGCUAUCCAAGAGCCCAGUCCGAGUGCUACGACGCGCGCACCUCCAUCCGGGAUCGUCGCGAAGCGGCCCAAGAUCAAAUCGUCGCUGAGCUUAUCCCACCUGGCCAUCGUCGUCCCGCCUGCGGGUGCGUUAGGCGGUCUGGCGGAGCCCAAGACGACCUUCACCUUUCCAAAGACACCGACACAGGCCAUCACGCCGGCAGAUGGUAUCUCGGUCGUCGGUCCUAAUGGGCGGCGGCGCUCGUUUGUCUUCGUGCAGCCCGAGACCACGACCAUCGCCGAGCUUUCGCAGUCCAGACAGCCUGUGCAGAUGCCGUCGCAGCCUCAGCACAAGCCACAGCGCCGCAUCCCAGCCCUGCGGCGCAUUUCCGAGAUGGAGUCACGCAACAGCUCCAACGGUGCCGGCGACAAGGGCAAGCAGGUCGAGAGCGUUCACAGUCGCCAAGGCUCGCACAACGGCUCCGUCCGCAGCUUCACGCCGAUCGGCUCUUUCGAUGCACCCGUCGUUGCCGAAGGCAGCGACACCGUGCAGCCGGGCAACAUUGUCUACGCCUCGUUUGUCAUGGCCCGCCACAUCUACACCAUCGCCCAGACCGAGCGCUGGUUCCGUCAGGCCGCGUAUCCCAACGCCGUCGCGGUCCGUGUCAACGUCGGCAACUUUGUGAUCUACCCGCAGGACAAUUUUGUCCUUGGCUCCUUUGCCGACGCCGUGCUCGGCCUCAACUGCGACGCCGCCAUCAUUGUCAGCACGCCGCUCGUCACGGCCGCCCUCUCGACGCUCGAAGCCGACAGCUCCGAGAUCCGCUUGGCACCCGGACGUCGGAUCCAGGUGGUGGACGGCAUCGACGAUCUCCGAUCCGCACGGCGCGCUCAGAUGGCGGCAUUCCUCGCUCCGGAAGAGGUCCUCGUGCUCUGGACCGAGUCGUGCGGGGACCUCAUCGACCAGGUGCGCGCCUUCGAAGCGCUGCUGGCCCAAUACGUGUGGCAGGUCAGCACCACCGACCCUGCCGUCAGCGCCCCCGCCAACGCUGCCGCCGCCGCCGCUGCCGCCCCCCCCACCACCGUGAAACCCAGACCGCCGCCCCUGAGGGACGGCGCGGCUCUUGGUCAGGCCCCGUCUGGACACGUCGGUCAUGGGCGGACGCACAGCGGCGCCAGCUCGAUCCGCAGCGGACAUUCGUCGCGCCCUUAUGUCGAGCCCUCAAAGGGCAUGUCGUCCGCCGCGGUCAGCGACAUGCUCAAGGAACACGGCAACCUGACCGACACCGACGUCGAGCACCUCGAAAGCUAUACCGCGGCAGCGGAGCGCGUCCAAUGGCUCGCCGGCGGCGUGCGCGGCCUGGCAACGUGCGUCUCUCUGCUGCUGGUUGCCGUCUGGCUGGUCGAGCUGGUGUCGGCGGUGCGCCAAGACGCCAGGCCCGUCUAUCUGGUCGCACUGCUCGCCGUGCCGGCCCUCUUCCUGGCCGUGCUGCCAUUGGCGGACACGGUGGCGAGCGCCACGGCCAUGGCCUUCGGACCCAUCCUGCCGAUGCGUACCAACUCGCGUUACUAUUCGGGAAGGGCGGCGCAGCCACCGGCCGGCAACAUCUCGCUACCGCACAUCACGAUCCAGGUGCCCGUCGGCUGCGAGUCGAUGCACCGGGUCAUCCGCCCGACGCUGGAUUCGCUCCGGGCCGCGGUCACCGAGUACGAGCUGCGCGGCGGCACUGCGUCGAUCCUCAUCGCCGAAGACGGCCUCGCCCUCGUCGACGAGGAGGAGCGCGCACAUCGACUCAACGUCUACCGCCGCCACGACCUUGCCUGGAUCGCAAGGCCAUCGUCGUGCGGUCCGUCCAAUGGCCGCAACGGCACGCGGAAGGCUGCGUCGCUGAACUUUGCGAUGCGCAUCGGAACGGCGUACGAGCAAGGGUUGGCAUCCGAUCCCAACCAGGAUGCGGACGACGUGCUGCAGCGAGUGCUCGCACAGGUCCACCCAGAGGCCCAGGGCGAGGGCAAUGUGCGGCUCGGCGACCUCAUUCUUGUCGUCGACUCCAACUCGCGCAUCCCGCCAGGCUCUCUGCUUCCGAGUGCGUGGGAGAUGCUGGCCUCGCCCGACGUCGCCAUCCUGCAGCACUGCCCGGCUCCGCUGCUGAGCGGCGCUCCGGGAUUCUUCGAGCGGUCCGUGGCCUACCUCGAGCGGUGUAACAAGUUCAUCACCUCGUGGCAAUCGGCCGUCGGCGAAGUGGCGCCCUUCCUCGGUCACUCUGCCUUCAUCCGCCGUUCGGCGCUCGAUGAGCUGGUCGACGCGGACAGCGGCUCGGGAGGCCAGCCCUGGUCUCAAGAUGCAACUGCCGAGGAUCUCAAUCUGGCGCUGCGGCUGCUGCUCCGCGGCUGGAUCACGCGCUGGGCCACGCACGCCGAUGACGGCUUCCUCAGGGGCGUGUCGCUCUCGUACCACGACGAGGUCGACCGAUGGAAGCAGCGCUACGUCGGCAUGGUCCAGCUCUUUGUCCAUCCGCUCUACCGCUGGCCACUGCGAGGUCCAGUGCCGAGUCUGACACUCAAAGUGAUGGCGUCAUCCCGGAUCCCGCUCCACUACAAGCUGCACCUCUUGUCCGAGUGCGCCGGCCUAGGGUUGCUAGCCCUGUCGCUCCCGUUUGCGUUUGCCCUCUACCUUGUCGAGGGCUGGAUGCGACCGUGGCUGCUGCCCUUCUUCGUUCUGAGCUUCGAGAUGUGGUGCCUAGCGCUCGUCUCGAUCGUCGGGGCGGGCUCGCUGGGCCUCAUGGUGGCGAGGCACCGGUCGGGCGACACGCACAUCUUCAGCGCCAUGUUCCAGCACGUCCUGUGGACGCCGCUCAACCUCGUCCUGGCCGCCUCGCUCUCGCUGCACCUGGCCGCCUCGCUGCUGGCCCACCUCUUCUCGAUCCCGAUCAGGUUCGGCGUACCGGCCAAAGACACGACGGCGACCAACUUCCUCGUCGAGGCACGUCUGGUCGUGCGCCGAUGCUGGCCGACGAUCCUCGUCUCGAUGCUCUUGGUCGGCUGCAUCGCCGUACUGGCCACGGACGCCGUGCCCUUCGGAUGGCAGGUUGCUGAAUGGCGCACCAUCGUCCCGACGGCGUCUCUGGCCGUCUCAGCGCUCGUCGCUCCCGUUGUACUUAAUCCGUCCCUGGUUCGUUUCUCAUUCUGA